AAAUAUAAGCAACAUAUUUCUCGAAUUUAAUAAAGUACAGUGGAAAACAACAAUUUAGAUAUUUGAAAUAGAACAAAACGCUGUCGUUGCAGCUGACCUUGGCCUGACUACCAACCCUAGUUCAAUUUGAUUUUGUCCUCUAAAUUAUACAGAAAUCUCUCAGGAUUCUCCAUAAUUCUGAAGCGAACCAAUCUCUUGAGCAAUGGCGAAUCCGAUCACCAAGUCUCUGAUCUCAGCUUUGAUCGCUCUCUUCUUGAUCUCAUCUUCUUUUGCCAGCUCAGACGUUCCCUUCAUCGUGGCUCACAAGAGGGCAACUACGAAACGACUCAAAUCGGGCAUCGAGCGUGUCUCCGUCUCCAUCGACAUCUACAAUCAAGGAACCUCGACGGCUUAUGAUGUGAGUCUUACAGAUGAUAGCUGGACUAAAGAAUUGUUUGAUGUAGUAACCGGUAAUAUUUCACAGUCCUGGGAAAGACUUGAUGCUGGCGGUAUUCUCUCCCAUUCAUUUGAAUUGGAGGCCAAAGUAAAAGGAAUGUUUUAUGGUGCACCUGCAAUCGUGACAUUCCGCAUCCCCACAAAGGCUGCUCUCCAGGAGGCAUAUUCAACCCCAAUUUUGCCCUUAGAUGUCCUUGCUGAGAAGCCUGUAGUGAAUAAGCUUGACUUGGCUAAGAGGUUGCUGAUGAAAUACGGCUCUCAAAUAUCUGUGAUCUCCAUCAUUGCCCUGUUUGUGUAUCUGGUCACUAGCCCAUCAAGUGCUUCAAAAGGGAGCAAGAAGAAGCGCUAGAAUGUAGGUUAACUUAUCCAGGUUGAUGAUUUUGUUUUAAUGAAGUCACAGUAGGUUAACUUAUCCAGGAUGAUGGUUUUGUUUUAAUGAAAUGGCAGUUAAUCUUUGAGGAA